AGUUAGGAUGGUUGAGAUGUCUCCGGGAAAAAAAACAAAUUGUGGAGUGGUAAGAAACUAACUCAUUGUCUCCGUCACGCCAUUCAGAAGAGGUCAGCCGAGCAGGUAUCACUUAAAAUGGAUGGCAAAAAGAAGUUUUUGGAUCAUUUUCGUCUAAAACCGAAACUACCCAACCCCAAGAAGCCACGUAAAAAGCUGCUUGCCAAACAGCCAAGGAAUCUAGCCAAUCGGCGAAGCAUAUCGGUGCCAGACCUUACCCUUAUUCCAGGCGUAGCCAUUCCUGCUGAAAGGGAUGCCCUGGCCACCCCUUCUGAGCGCAUCAGCUUUGGCUACUCUCCUGGUCUGAGUGAUACGGAUUCUGUUGCUAGCAGCUCAAUCAACGAAGGACCGCUUUUUGACGACAAGUUCACCGACUUGCUCUCAGAGAUUCCACACGUGACUGAUAAGCCGUGCAAUCUAGCAUUAUCAUCAAGCAGAGUGAGUGCCCCGCCAGCCUUUGACGAUGGGAUUUACACAAAAAAUUCAAGCCCAAAGACCAGAAGGGAUGUUAAUAUAGAAGGCAUUUCUGAGGAGGAUAAAAUACCCAGGGUUUUGCCAAAGUUCACAUUCGAGCCAAUUCAAGAACCCAAAAGCGAUCAGGCGGAGAAGAAAAGUCCGCCCGAUGAAGAGCCCCGAACUCGCAGAAGGAUGUCUGACACCGUUGCGGCCGUUCUCAACAGAGCAUGCUCACUGGGGGACGAAAGACGUCCUCACGUCGAGAAGAGGACCGUGAUGUUCGAGACAAAAAAGCCGACGUUUGAAAAGCUGGCUCUGCAAACCAGCCGACCCAACUCCUCCACAGAAAGGCAGUCCUUACUAGAUGCUCAAUUUGUCAGUGCAGAUGCUUUGUCUCUGUAUUGUGCUUGUGGCACUCCCAGCGAGGAGCAAGGCACCAUGCCCUGGCCAUCGACCUGGGAGGAAGAGGACCUUGAACAGGUGUCCUCUUCCUCUCUGCUCAGAGAGAUGUCCAUGGACGAGGGUCUUCUGGAUUUGGAAAACCAGGAAGAGUCACUAGAGGAGAACUCUGCAGAAGCUUAUGAACCAUGUGAAGAAUUUGAUGAAAAUGGUCCAGAGCAUGCAGAAGGCGGCGACAUCUUGUCGCCAGGCCUUCACAUACCCUCCCCGUUCCAGAGGUACCUCCUGAGCAUCAACUUAAAGUACGGUCGGAAUCUGGUCGUCAGAAGCAGGCGUUCCGCUACAAGUGAUCCUUAUGUGAAGUUUAAACUUGAAGGGAAGCAGUUCUAUAAAAGUAAAGUGGUGUACAAGGACCUGAAUCCCCGAUGGAACGAGUCCUUCUCUCAUCCGCUUCGAGACAGGCACCACGAUGUGGAACUGCGGGUCUACGACAAAAAUCUCACAGCUGAUGACUUCAUGGGUUCAACCAACAUUUCUCUGAAAAACCUCGAGUUGCACAAGACACAUGAGAUGGAGUUGCAGCUUGAGGACCCUAAGAGCAAAGAAGAUGACAUGGGCGUUAUCGUCGUCGAAGUCCACUUGACGUUCCGAGAUGCCACAGUGAAAAGAGGCCCUAGAUUCCGUCCGAAAAAGAAGCAGCAGAACCAGUGCCCAACUCCACGCCUUUCCGACUCACCAAAGAAUCAGCUGAAGAACCAGAUGUGGAGCGGCGUACUCAGUAUCACCCUGGUGGAGGGACAAGACCUGCCCCAGUACGGCCAGGGGGACGUAUACGUCCGCUUCCGCCUCGGGGAUCAGAAAUACAAAAGCAAGAACCUUUGCAUUCAACCGAAUCCCCAGUGGAGAGAGCAGUUUGACUUCAAUCACUUUGAAGACGUCCAGGAACCUCUGCAGGUGGAGGUGUUCUCAAAGAGAGGGCGGAAGGGGGCAGAAUCAUGGGGGAUGUUUGAGGUUGACGUAGCUAGGCUUCCUUUGAAUGAAAGGCAGCACUGCACUAAUGUGUUGGACCCUGGAAAAGGCAAGCUGUUCUUCCUGGUCACACUGAGGCCCUGCUGGGGCGUCUCGAUCUCUGACGCUGAAAACCCUACAUAUGCGAAUCAAGAGGAGAGAGACCAAGUGAUGGAAAGACUUAGUUUGAAAAACUCUCACAAAUGUUUACAAGAUGUCGGGUUCCUUCAGGUCAGCGUGCUAAAAGCAAACGAUCUUCCAGCCACAGACAUCAAUGGAAAAAGCAACCCCUUCUGUGUUAUCGAGCUUGGGAACUGCAAACUUCAAACUCAAACUGUUUACAGGACAGUCAAUCCAGAGUGGAACAAAGUCUUUACAUUCCCAAUAAAGGACAUUCAUGAUGUUGUGGAGGUGACUGUCUUUGAUGAAAAUGGUGACAGAUCCCCAAAUCUUUUGGGGAAAAUUGCUAUCCCUUUACUGACAGUUCAGAAUGGUCAGCAGGUGUCUCUGCUCUUGAAGAAAGAUGACCUGGGAAGAACGUCUAAAGGAACCAUCACACUUUUGCUGGAUGUCAUUUAUAACAAGGUCAGAGCUGGUGUCAGGACCUUCCAACCAAAGGAGGUAAAACUUACUGAGGAGAAUCCAAAGUUCAACAAGAAGAUCCUUGCCAGGAAUAUAUAUCGGGUUCGAAAAAUCAGUACAGCAGUUCUGCACACGUUACAGUACAUUAAAAGCUGUUUUCAGUGGGAGAGCAGGCAACGGAGUCUAAUAGCCUUUCUGAUCUUCCUGGUGACAGUGUGGCAUUGGGAGCUCUUCAUGCUACCGCUCUUCUUGCUGCUGCUCAUCGGCUGGAACUACAUCCAGCUCUCCAGGGAAAAGGCCAGCUCCAACCAGGAACUGGUGAACAUGGCCAUGGGUGACGACGAAGAGGAAGACGAAAAGGAACCUGGGAAAAAGGGUUUGAUGGAUAAAAUCCAUAUGGUGCAGGAAGUGGUGCUGGUUGUCCAGAAUGUUUUGGAGGAAAUCGCCAACAUCGGGGAGCGAGUCAAAAACAUAUUCAACUGGUCGGUGCCAUUCAUGUCAUGCUUGGCCGGCCUGGUGCUGUUUGUGGCUGCUUUUCUUUUGUAUUUAAUCCCACUACGGUACAUUGUGCUAGUAUGGGGCAUUAACAAAUUUACCAAGAAACUGCGCAGCCCAUAUACUAUUGACAGUAAUGAAAUACUGGAUUUCCUCCAGAGGGUGCCUUCUGAUGUUCAGAAGGUGCAGUAUAGUGUGUUGAGAGCGCCCACUGGACAGAGCCAGCCACGCAAGAAGAAGUAAGCGCAGUGGACAUGCUGGAUGAAAGGCUGGUUUUCCUUUCUCUGUUUCCCCCUUUUUUUUUUUCUUUUUUUUUUUGCGCGUUACGUUGCAGUCCACCUGACAACAAAUGCUCCAGUGCCAGCUGAACCCGUGACCCCGCAUACCCGGCCGCACCACCCCAACUCUGCCCCCUGCUGCUGAGGGGCAGCCAGCCGCUCUCUGCCUUGUGCGUUUGCCACCCCCCUGACAGGGGCUGUGAACUGCAGCAGCUAGGAGGGCAGCACAUGGUGCUGUCAAUCUCGCGCUCGGAGGUAAAGAAAAGGGAGCUCUGCAAGGCUCAAGCUUCAUCUUUGAAAAUAAUUUAGAAAAGGAAUACAAGGCAUCGGGGUUGGCUCACCGAAGAACUCGCUUUUUAUUUUUUUAUUAUUUUUGGUUAGAAAUUUGCCUCAAGGUAAAAGACAAUACAACCUUUACAAGCAACUGUAAUGUUUUUAUUCUUCACAAGUUAAUGUAAUGAAAUGCUAUCUUAUAUGAUGACAGAAAACCUUUUUUAUUAUUACAGAAAAGAAUACUGAAUUUUACUAUACAAUCUGUGGUAUGGUCCCUCUGUGUAUAAUUUAACGGUGCCACGUUUUCUACCUAUCUUAAAAACUAACAUGUAUUUAUGUUCUGAAUGUGUAUUAAUUCCAGUUACCUGCACUUGAGUUACUGACGUUUUAUGUUGGAUUUCUGUGAAAGUAUCGUGUUUACAUAGUCAGAUGGAGAGUUUGAAUAAAGAAUCUUGAUCAAGUUGA